AUGAAGUACUCUCUUUUCACGUUCUUAUUGAGUGCGGGCACAAUUGUCAAUGCCUUUUCCAGUACGGGAUAUGCUCCUCAAGCAGUACAGUGUCCAGCUUCGAACUCCAGUUUCCUUAGAGAAGGUAACGACAUCUCCGAAGACGAGAAACAAUGGGUUGAACUGAGACAAGUUAAAACCGAUGAAGCUCUUAAGCAUUAUUUGGAAAGAGUUGGAAUGAAAGAUUUAGACAUCGAUUCCUUAUUCGGAGAUAAGAAGAACAAAUCCAUUAAUUUGGGUUUAGCAUUUGCUGGUGGUUCUUAUAGAGCCAUGUUGACCGGAGCUGGUCAAUUGGCUGCUUUGGAUAACAGAACAACCCAUGCAACAGAUUAUGGUUUAGGAGGGUUGUUGCAAGGUGCAACUUAUAUUUCUGCUCUAUCUGGUGGGAGUUGGUUACUCACUUCUUUAAUCUCUCAAAACAUGACCACGGUAGAAGACAUUAUUGAUGAGAAUAAUGCUCAUUUAUGGAACUUGACUUAUUAUAAUCAAUUGAUCAAUUAUACUGCAUUAAGUAGUAUUGCUGAUUUGGCUUUACCUUUAUUAAGUGGUAAGUAUGAUGAAGCUUUUGCCUACUUGAACUAUUGGAAUGGAACAGACGGUAUUGGCGCAGAAAUUGCUGCAAAGGAAGCCGCUGGGUUCCGUACAACUCUUACUGAUGUAUGGUCUAGGGCUUUGGCCCGUCAAAUGUUCCCUGAAAAGGCGGAUAACUACCUUGCAGGCUUUGCCUUUUCUGAUUUACAAGAUUGGGACGUUUUCUCCAAUCAAGACAUGCCAUUCCCAAUUGUUGUUGCUGUUGGUAGAAAACCUGGUACCACUGUGUAUAACAUGAACUCAACUGUUGUUGAGUUCAACCCCUUUGAGAUGGGUUCCUUUGAUACUUCAUUGAACACUUUCACCAAUUUGAAAUAUAUUGGAACAAGUGUUGACAAUGGGUACCCCACUAACUCCACUUGUAUUACUGGGUUUGAUAACUCCGCUUUUGUUAUGGGUACUUCAUCAUCUUUAUUCAAUAACUUUAUCAAUACACUUACUUGUGAUACAUGUGUUUCAACAUUAUCCAGUUUUUACAAGUCAGCAUUGAACACCGUGUUGGAGAAUCUCUCCGAACAAGGUAUGGAUAUUGCCCAGUACUCCCCCAAUCCAUUCUAUAACUCCCAAUAUGCCACAUCGGGGAACAUCACCAAAAACGAUACAUUAUACUUAAUGGACGGUGGUCUUGGAGGUGAAGUAAUACCAUUGAGCAGUUUGAUGACAAAGGAAAGAGCCUUAGAUGUUGUGAUGGCUUUUGAUUAUGAUACCACUACCAAUGUUUCAUGGCCAGCAGGUCUUAGUUUGAUUAACAGUUAUGAGAGACAAUUUACCAGUCAAGGCAAAUCUUCCUUAUGUCCAUAUGUUCCUGAUGAAUCCACUUUUAUUCACUUGAACCUCAGUGCAAAGCCAACCUUCUUUGGUUGUGAUGCUUCAAAUAUGACUGAAUUGGCUAAAGACGGAGUUGUACCUCCAUUGGUGAUUUAUAUGGCCAACAGACCUUUUGAAUUCUAUUCUAACACCUCCACCUUUAAGUUAUACUAUGAAGAUGCCGAAAGAAAUGGCAUGGUUGCCAACGGAUUUGACAUUGUUUCUCAAAACAACGGUACCAUCGAUACCGAAUGGGCUGCUUGUGUUGGAUGUGCACUUAUUAGAAGAGAACAAGAAAGACAAGGAGUAGAACAAUCUGACCAAUGUAAAAAGUGUUUUGCCAACUACUGCUGGGAUGGAACCACCAUAAACGAUCCUGAUUAUACUACUGCAUUUGUUAACUUUACUAAUACUGGUUAUACCAAUGAUGAUACUGUUUUCUAUAACAAGCUGGUUACGCCUGUUGAAUAUGGCGUUGAGACUAACUCAUCUGCUUCUUCAUCUGCUUCAUCAUUACAAGCAGCUUCUUCAUCAGCUUCAGCUUCAGCACUCAUUAUAAGUAGACGGUUUUUGUCGUUCAAAACGUUACCAACGCCCAACCCUAACGCCUUAAAGUUUAUCUCGCCUGAAUGCGAGAUCUUGCCACUCGCAGGGAAGACUGUGGAGUUCACAUCAUCCCUUCAAGCCGUUCAUUCACCAUUGGCCUUGAAGAUGUUCAAAAUACCGGGAGUCAGGUCGAUCAUGUUGGGAGACGAUUUUCUUACUGUGAACAAGCAAGAGCAUCUCAAUUGGGCGAACUUGCGUCCUGAGAUCAUUGAAGUCUUGGAUCAAUUUUUGAGUACCAAGAAGGAGCCUGUGGUUACCAAAGAGUAUAUAACCAAGACUCAAAAUGAACAAGAAUUGGAUGAUAGUGAAGAUCUGGAAAUCGUUAGUAUGAUCAAAGAAUUAAUUGAUACCAGAAUUAGACCAGCCAUUCAAGAUGAUGGAGGAGACAUUGAGUUCAGAGCAUUCGAUGAAGAAACUGGUCGAGUGUUUUUAAAGCUUCAAGGUGCUUGUAAAACAUGUUCACUGAGUGAAGACACGUUAAAACAUGGGAUUGAGGCGAUGUUGAAGCAUUACAUUGAAGAAGUGAACGAAGUGGAACAGAUUUUAGAUCCAGAGGAAGAAAUUGCAUUAAAGGAAUUUGAAAAGUUGGAGCAACGAUUAAAUUCAAAAAAGACUGAUGAAUCACCUCCUCCAUCAUUAUAA